CCUCCUCGCUCACUAUCUUGCUCCUCUCUUUUGUCCUUGGCUGAGUCGCUGGCCUUCGACCGCUCCCCCUUUCCUCUCCCUCCCUACCUCUCACCCUCUCGGUCAGGUCAGGCCGUGGCCCGACCACCAGCACCACCGCCAUGUCGAACAACGACAAUGUGAUGGCCCGCUUCUUGUUCGCCAUUCUACAGCAGAAAUGCUUGAAGGAUGUCGACUGGAACAAGGUAGCCCACAACCCGAUUCUGGCCCAGGAGAUCACCAACGGCCAUGCCGCCCGCAUGCGAUACUCGCGGUUCCGUGCCGCCAUGCUAGGCCUGGAGCCGCAGCGCCGGAACCGCACUAAUACCAACAACAAUAACAACAAUAACAACAACAACAACAACAACAACAACAACAACAACAACAACAACAACAACAACAACAACAACAACAACAACAACAACAACAACAACAACAACAACAGCAGCAGCAGCAGUAGCAGCAGCAAGAACCGCGUGUCCAAGAAGAAGAAAGACGAUAGCCCCAAACCGCCGAACAAGCCGCCUAAAAAGGACGAGGAUGAGGGUGUGAAGAGGAGCGGCAGCGGGAUCGGGAACAUCAAGACUGAAAAGACGACCGACGCGGUCAUCAAGCCUGAACGAAAAAGCAUCAGCCAGCGGGCCCCCAAACCAUCCCAAUCUCAACCUCCAGCGCCGAUGACCAUAGCAGCCAUGAUGAAAGCCGAGCCGGGUCUUGCCAACCCCUUUAACCAACAUCGACACCUCCAUCAGUCCUCGAUACUCUCCACUACCUCUCCCCGUGUCAAAAAUGAGCGCCUCCCCACAACCACCGCCGCUGCUGCCAACACGACCAACACCAUAACCCCCAUCCCCGAGCCCACCCCUUUCGGUAUCCUCGCCACAACCCCCACAACCUCCUCCUCAACAUCCUCCACCCCAUACAUGGACAAUAACCACCAUCGCAUGCAAAUGCGCCUUUUGACACCCUGCAGCGAUUCCGAUAGCGUCGUCACCGGCAUGCAAGGUUUCCUUCCCCACAGUCCGCCGCCGACCGAACUCUUGCACCAUCACCACACCCAACACCACAGCCACCAACAUCACAUGGUCGGCGCCGGAUCCCCACCUCUCUCGGCAUCAGCCCCAUCCCCGUACGACUUUUCCCAGCAACAGCAGCAACAACAACAAUGCUGCGACAGCACCGGCACAGGCUCGCCCAGCCCAUGGCAUUCCCAGCACCAACCACACCACUCCCACUCCCACAGCCACCACCAGCACCACCACAGCACCAACCACCAACCACAGCCAACCAACUCCCUAUUCCCCCCCCAACCCGGAUUCAACCUCGGCCUCGGCCUCGCCCUCGGCGGCUACGGUCUCGACGGCGCCUUCAACGGGACCAACAACAACCCGUUCUGUGGCGCCGACCACCACCACCACAGCCACGGGCACAGACAUGGGCAUGAUGAGGACGGGCAUCAUGGGGUUGAUCCGCUUAGGCUGCAUCUUGGUGGUGGUGGUUGUGGUGGUGGGACGAGCAUGUUCCGGGAGAGGGAGAUGGAGUUGGAGAUGGGUGGCGGGGGUGGGGCGGCAGUUAAGGGGGAGUGGGAGGGGGAGGGGUUUGGGAUUUGA